AUGAACGAAAGAAAAUUGGAGCGAAAAAGAAAAUAUGUCAUUGGCUGUAUAAUGCGACUUUGCGAGGAUACCAACAAACGGAAGACAUUUAUGCAAAAGUACGGCGUUUCUGUUCAUUAUCCAUUGUAUGAUUUGCAAAAUGUCGAGAUAGAAUUAAACUCCAAAACUUCGGAAGAGCUCAAAGAAUACAGAAUGAAUGUUCGGAAAGUUCAUCAUACUGUAAUGCAUAUUCAAUUGAUGGAAUGCGAUAGAGAUGGAUGUGUUGGUUAUUGGGAUUGCAUCGGAUGGGGACAACUUUUGAAAUUGCUAUGGGAUGACAUGAUUGAAGCAAUCUCGAAUCUGAAAAAUAUAACCCAUGAUCGAGUUGUUCCGAACGAAAUAAAAUAA